AUGGCGCUACUUCGUUCAGAGUCAAACCCAUAUCUCAACGACCUCGAUUACCGCUCUAACAGUCCCUCAAACAAGCCUUUGAACCUAGCAGCAAAUUCUCCUUUUGAAUCUUACGAGUUCGGUCAUCUAUCUCCUCCAUUCCCCCAUACUCCCUCAUACAAUGGAUCCUAUCAAAACUCUCCCUACUCUGGUCAUUCAGAACUCAGUUAUGAUCCAGAUGGUCCAGAGGCUUUUGGUGGUCUCUUUGACAGAGAUGCAAACAAUGUAGCUUCUCGCGACGAAUAUGACCCCUCCGAGUAUGAUCCACCAAAUUCUUCUGGUUUGCUCAUGUUUCAAAGCGAAUACAUCCCUGAAGUUGAUCACAAUUCACUAUCCGUAUCUCGCGCUCCUUUCGAUAACCGUCCUCCAAACGCUUUCGAUCAUAGUUCUCCAUCUAGCAACGGUGGAGGGGAUGAACCGCGCAGUCGUGCUUCUUCAGUAUCUUCAAACCCUCAAAUUCCCACGUCAUCUCCACGUCUCGAUAUGGCUCAUUCAUUCGAAAAUCUUCAUUUUGAAUCCCCCCAUUGGCAGCUUCAUAAUCUUCCCGGCGAUCGUCCAAUGUCUCCCCCAAGAAAACCCCAGUCUCCCCCUCAACUUCUAAUCCCUGAUAGCAGUCCAGCCACCCGUUCAUUAUUCCCUCAGGAUCCUCCAAUGAUCAAUGCUCCGGACGGUGAUGGUGGUUUUACCUCCAGCGGCCCUCAAUUGCACAUUGUUCCUGCUACCCCCAUAAGUGGCGGGGGAGCGGCUUCACAAGCAGUCCCUUUUCAAUCUACCCUGAAAACUCUCCAUCAAGGCAAGUUGACUCCGUGA